AUGCAGUUGCCUUUUUUGGAUGUUCUCGUUAUCAAAAACAGUGAAACUCAUAUGAUUUUUGACAUUUAUAGGAAAGACACUAGUACUUUAAGAUACAUAACCAAUGAUUCUAACCAUGCUAUUCAACAUAAAAUUAGAAUUUAUGAAAUAUGUUGUAACGAUUGUGGCAAGUCAUAUGUAGGGCAAACCAAAAGAUCAAUUAAUGUUAGAUUUAAGGAA